GAGCGACUCUAUCUCUAUACUGAAAUUGUGUUCAUCUUCUUCAACUGCGACGGCAACCACUCAAGCAGACACCAUUUCCGAUUCGAUUCUCUUUGUUUCUUCAACUUCCACGAAAUUAAUCAAAAGCAAAAAUGCAAGCAAUAAUCAUAUGCAGCACUUCAGCAAUUCCGCCUCUCAAAUCCCUCACAUUUACCUCCACUAUCAUCUCCGGCAAACUCCUCCCCUUUCUCGGCCGCCGCAAGCUCUGCUGCGACGUCGUAUCACGUCUUCCCGUUCCUCCUGCUCCACGAGGCGACGGAAAAAACCACCUUGAAGUCGUCGACCAAAAUUUAACGCCGGAGAAUUUUCCCCAAACGACGCGCCGCACCUUAUUUACACGUUUAUUAAUGUGCUUUAGCUAUGGAUAUCUUAUUUCUUCGAGGUAUUGUCCAGAAGCAUAUGCAUUGGGAGAUCCAUCAGUGACAGUUGAACAAGUGACACCUUCUGUUUUCCCUGCUGGGGCACUUUUCCCAUCCGAGGAAAGAAUUGUCAAACUAUUUGAGAGGAAUACCUAUUCUGUUGUCAACAUAUUUGAUGUAACUUUGCGGCCGCAGCUUAACAUUACUGGCAUGGUUGAGAUUCCCGAGGGAAAUGGUUCAGGAGUUGUCUGGGAUGAUCAGGGUCAUAUCGUGACAAAUUAUCAUGUUAUAGGAAAUUCUCUUUCAAGAAAUCCUAGCACAGGCCAAGUUGUUGCUCGUGUUAAUAUACUUGCUUCUGAAGGGAUACAGAAGAACUUUGAGGGUAAGUUAGUCGGUGCUGAUCGUGCAAAGGAUCUUGCUAUAUUGAAGGUUGAAGCCCCACAGGAGCUGUUGAGGCCUAUCAAUGUUGGUUCGUCUCUGUCUCUUAAAGUGGGCCAGCAGUGCCUAGCAAUCGGAAAUCCGUUUGGCUUUGACCACACGCUCACAGCUGGCGUCAUUAGUGGUUUGAAUAGAGACAUAAACAGUCAAACUGGUGUUACGAUAGGUGGAGGUAUUCAAACUGAUGCUGCUAUCAAUCCUGGAAACAGUGGUGGUCCUUUAUUGGACUCUAAAGGAAAUUUGAUUGGGAUCAACACUGCGAUAUUUACUCAGACAGGUACAUCUGCUGGUGUUGGCUUCGCGAUCCCUUCAUCAACUGUGGUAAAGAUAGUUCCUCAGCUGAUCCAGUUUGGCAAAGUUGUUCGAGCUGGUUUGAAUGUUGAAAUUGCACCUGAUCUUAUUGCGAGCCAACUCAAUGUUCGAAAGGGAGCUUUAAUUUUGCAGGUUCCCAAAGAUAGUUUAGCAGCUAAGGCCGGGCUUCUACCAACCACAAGGGGUUUUGCUGGUAAUAUAGUACUCGGUGACAUAAUUGUGGCUGUGAAUGACAAACCCAUAAAGAACAGGGGAGAGUUAUACAAGACAUUGGAUGAGUAUAAUAUAGGAGAGAAAGUAGUGUUCAAAAUCCAGAGGGGCAAUGACAAUUUGGAGGUGCCAUUUGUUUUAGAGGAAACUAAGGCAUGAUUUGGCCCUUCCUCUUCUUCACUGCAGCAAGCCAUUGUUGGUGGAGUUGAUCAUUCUUUUUUCUUUUUAUAUGUUUUUUCCCUAAUUUUCUAGAGUAUAGUAUGAUUUGAUAGAGACAUAUUUCUUGGUAUAUAUUUGCACUUCCUUAA